UUCAUUUACCACUAGAGGUCACCCGCUCACCACAUGGACUUUCACACCACACAUCACAUGGACUCCAAUUCCCAUCAUCCAACACUGAUCACAGCUGUCACCAAUCACUCAUUGCACCAAUCACACGCACACCUGAUCACACGGCAUCACUAAUCACACACACUAUUUCAACCCUGGACAUUCUCUCCCUCGUUGCCGAGUAUUGUACGCAUUAUUGCUGCCCUACAGAGCCCUAUUAGUUUUCCUCGCCUCGCCUCGCCUCGCCUCGCCUUUGUCGGAUUGUGUUUUCCCCUGCCUGGACUAUCGCUUACGUUGUUGGAUUACCUCUCCUGUCUCGCCCCUCUGGAUACUGUUCGCUGAUCGUCGACCCACGCUUGCCCUAAGUUUUACUCUUUGUCUUGUCCCUGCCAUACCUGUUUGCCAAUGUUUGACCCUGCCUGUUAUGACCACGUCUCUGCCUAAUAAAAGCCUGCACAUGGAUCCGCACGCCUCUCGUCUCGUCAGCCCCGUAACAGCAGAGAAUAGGCACAAUGGAACAUCUGAAAUCAGUACAGAUCAACACAGACAACAGGAAGUGUUGAAUAAAAAAAAAAAUCUAUUUCACAGACUUCAUCUUGAAGGCAGACAUCACAAUAAACUGAGAGUUGCAGAUGUUCUUCAGUUAACAUCUGCACAUUUACAGUCCCAUAAGUCAUGUACUGAAAACAAGCUGGUUCAGACAUUCAUACAAAAUCUACUGAUGAUGAAUUACAGAGCAAGAUACCUCAAAACUUUGGAGAACAAUGUGGAAGGUCACAGUGAUCAGGGCAGUUAUGAUUCAUUUAAACACGAGACUGAUUUUGAUUAUUUUUUCUUCAAUUCAGGGUCAGUGUCUAAUGAAGGAAAAAGACAAUCUGAGAUAAUUCACCCGAUGGAUGUUCAGAUGGCUGUGUUUCAUUGUGCUGAUGGUUUUCUGAAGCAGCUGAUGGUGACUAAACUGUCCCAGUGUCAGUACGCUCUGCCUCUGCUUGUUCCUGAUCCAUUCACACAACAUAUUGAGUUUCCUCUCUGGACACUCAGACAAAUCAACAAGAGCUGGAAGAAAAACACCAACACUAGUCAAACCCAGCCAAUCUACAAGGCAGAAACUCCAAUGGUGUUUUUCUUCAGGUUUGGCUCUGUGUCUUCAUCCAAGUCUCAGCUGAUGAACAGUCUGAUCAAUGAGAAACACAACACGUUCUUCCACAGGAACUGCCCAGGCAGCAGCAGAACCAGAGUCCUGAUGGAUGGAGUGGUGGAGAUCGCCUGGUUCUGCCCCUCUGGAUCAAAUGAUGAUAAAUUCACUGAGUGUGUUGCAUUCUGUAAUCUACACGGUGAUGCAGGAGACCAUGAGAAACAGCUGCAGAUCCUCACCGAAAUGGCCUCAGUCAAUGUUGUUCUUCUACCACGAUUUCAGACAAAUGACAGAAGCAUGAUAAAACUUGAGGAACUCUUCAUGGACUCAAAACCACUCAUUUGUCUUUUUACGGAGUUUAAAAAUGUAACUGUGUUAAAUAAAAAAUAUCGGAUUGGUCUGAAAGACAGAAAUCCGUCAAGGGUAUCUGAAGAACUCACAAGAGCUAUAAAUGAUUGUCUCUCAGAAUCAUCUUCCACUUUCAGACUUGAAGAUGUGUCCAAACACUCAGACAUCAGAGUAGAUGAGGAUGGUGAUGGUGACUGCAGGAGAGGAAGAGAAGCAGCACAGCAGAUGAUAAGUUUACUGGAGAAGAAAGAUCUGACAGAAAUCAAAGAAUCAUUUCUGCCUCAUCAGGGGAAACUGUGGCAUCAGUGGAGUCAGAAGAACAAAGAACUACAUCGACCUCGAGCAGAUGAGACAGAAAUGGACAUCAGUAGAAAACAAACAGAAAUGAAGAAAAUCCUUGAGAAACAGCAUGAAUCUGACAUCAGUGAGUUUAUUAAGUUCUUCAUUAAAGAAAUGAACUUAGAUAUUGGACAUGAGCUGUUUUUCAUUAAAUGGCUCAUAAUCCUCCUGGAUGAAUAUAUCUCAGCUGACUUUGCUGCUCUACAUCACAAGUAUGAUGAAAAAUGGUCAACAGUCUUAAAACUGAAAGAGCAUAAUGAUAAAGCUGAACAAGAAGAACUGGAGAGAAUAUCUGAGGAACUUCGAGCUGCAACCUUUGGUUUGGAGCACAUCUUGAGGGAGAUCGGUCAGAUCUAUGAAUCAUGUUCAUCUGUGAAGAAGAACAAGAAAGACCUGCAGAUUGACUUCUCUUCUCUCCCGAGUCUUGCAGCAGAGAUGAUGAUCUCUGGAUUUCCUCUGGAGCUGAUGGAUGGAGAUGCUGCUCAUGUUCCUGUGAUCUGGGUCUCUGCUGUUCUAGAUGAACUCUUCCAGAAACUGGGAGACCAGCGAGUCUUUGUGCUGUCAGUUUUAGGGAUUCAGAGCUCUGGGAAAUCCACCAUGCUGAAUGCCAUGUUUGGACUCCAGUUUGCCGUCAGUGCUGGCAGGUGCACCAGAGGAGCUUUCAUGCAGCUGGUCAAAGUGUCAGAUGAGAUGAAAACACAGAUGAACUUUGACUAUAUUCUGGUUGUUGAUACUGAGGGUCUUUGUGCUCCAGAACUGGCUGGAAGAUCAACAAGAUAUCAUGACAAUGAAUUGGCCACAUUUGUUGUUGGUCUUGCAAAUCUGACCUUGAUCAACAUUUUAGGUGAAAAUCCAUCUGAGCUGCAGGACAUUCUUCAGAUUGUUGUUCAGGCCUUCAUGAGGAUGAGGAAGGUCCGACUGAAUCCCAGCUGUGUGUUUGUGCAUCAGAACGUUUCAGACGUCACAGCUGGGGAGAAAAACAUGGAGGGAAGGAGACGACUGCAGGAGAAACUGGAUGAGAUGACACAACUUGCUGCUGAAGAGGAAGAUUGUGAUGCAGAAUGUUUCAGUGAUGUCAUUAGAUUUGAUAUUCAGAAUGAUGUGAAGUAUUUUGCUCAUCUCUGGGAGGGAAACCCACCCAUGGCUCCACCAAACCCAAAGUACUGUGAGAAUAUUCAAGAAUUAAAGGAAACUAUUAUGACUCAAGCCUCAAAAUCACAUGGAAUGGUGCUGUUAGACUUUAAAGACCGUAUUAAAGAUCUCUGGGAGGCUUUACUGAAUGAACGAUUCGUGUUCAGCUUCAGAAAUUCUCUGGAGAUUUCAGCCUACAGGAAACUGGAGACAAAAUACAGCAACUGGUCCUGGAGUCUUCUCAGUGCUAUGCUGGAAACUGAGAACACACUACAAAACAAAAUAGAAAAUGAAGCAAUGCAUGAGGUUGAGGAAACUGAUCUUAAAAGAGAACUGAAGAAGACAAGUGAAGAAGUGGAAAAAUCAAUGUCUGAAUUCUUUGAGAAAGACAAAGAUAAAGAUAUACUGAUUCAGUGGAAAACAUCAUUUGAAAUCAAAAUCAAAGAGCUUCAGGAAAACAUUGUGAGAGAAACAAAGAGAAAAUUAAAUGAGAUUCUUCAGCAGCAAAACCAGAAGAAAAACAUUGAUGCUCAGAGGACACAUCAUGAAAAUACUCUCUAUGAAAAGAGCAAAGACUUUCCCUUAAAGCGCAAAUACAAAGAAAAUGAUGAAGAAAUACUGAAGAAAGAGUUUGAUUUGUUUUGGGAACAGAGUGUGAAGAAGAUCAUCACAGACACGCCUCCAAUUAAUGACAUUGAUAUAAUGAGAGAUGUGAGAGAAAUCCUCAGUGACGUCUGUAAGGGGCUUCUCCUUGCAGAGUACAUUAAAGAGGACAGUGAAUACAUCAAUAUUUUCUCAGUUUGGAGUUUUUUUGAUUAUGUUGUUUUCAAAACGUCCACAAAAAAGGGGGUUAAAUGGGUUCUGCAGGAUACUUACAGAACAGUAAAAGGAGCAUUUGGAUAUAUUCGAACUCUGUCUCCAGAGAAUGAAGCUCAAAUAAGAUCAUUAGUCAGAGAUGUUGACCAGCAGACAGAAAAAAUGAUUCAGUCAUUUAACAUUUCAAAGAUGGGCUACAACAUCAGUUACAUCCAACAACUCAUAGAUUACAUAAACAAGAGAGUAAAAGAACAUGAGAAAGGAUCAGUGAAAUAUGAGUUCAAGAAAGAAUUCUUUAUUGAUUUGGUUCUUUCCAUUUGUAAGAAAGCAAACAAGAUCAUCACUGACCAACACAGACUGUUCAGAGAUGCCAGUGAUCCUGUGAUAUAUGUUGAGAAGAAGAGAGAAGACCACUACAGUAUCUUCCAGAAAUGCUGUUAUGAAGCACCAUCAGCUGCCAUUUUUGGUAACAUAAUCUGCCAGAAACUGAAAGAGCCCAUUGAGCAGAGUGUCUACAAGAAGACUGCCAGAGAUGUGGCAAAUGAAAUGAGAUCAAAAUGUGAACCACUGAAUGGAAACCGAUCAAAUUUGGAGAGACACAUCCUGCAGACACUGGCAGAAGAGGAAGAUUUUGUCAAAUACACUGAUUACAUGAAUUAUCCCAGGCAUCACUUCAAGAGUUUCAUCAGAGAUGAAGUCAGUCGGUACAUCACAGAUAAGUUCAGUGUCAGUGUUUUACCCAAGAUGAAGGAGAACAUUAAACUCUUACAGCAGAAGAUCAUGAAAGCAGCUCAUGAAUCUACUGAACAUGUAAAAGUGAACAAAGGAGAUGUUGGUUUAUGGUUGAAGAGUUUCACACAGCAGCUCUCAGAUGUGCUGAUCUUCUCUGAAAACGACCUCAGUGGAGUUAAACUUGAUGACGUUGAUGAUUUCAAACUCCUAGAAGAUGUGAUGAGAAAAGAACUUACUGCUAUAAUGUCUGAGAUCAGCAAGGGAUUCAACACAGAGACAUUUCCAGUUAAGCUGGACUAUAAAUUCAGGCCAAAUAAUGUUCUGGCUGAUCACUUCUGUCAGUGCUGUUGGAUUCAGUGUCCGUUCUGUAAAGCCACCUGCACCAACACCAUAGAAAACCAUGAUGGAGAUCACAGUACUAAUUUCCAUCGUAGUAUUGGUCUGAAUGGAAUAUAUUACAAUAAUACAUCCAACUUGUCCACUCAUAUCUGCACAUCAGCAGUAGCAAGCAGUAAACUAUAUUUUCAUCCCAAUGACUCAUUUGAAGUCCCCUGGAGAGAAUACAGAAGAGCAGGAGGAGUUUAUGCAGACUGGAGUAUCAUCCCUGAUCUGUCUGAACUGCCGUAUUGGAAGUGGUUUGUAUGUCGAUUCCAGGAAGAUUUGGAAAAAUACUAUAAUAAAAUAUUUGAGGGAGAGGGUAAGAUACCAGAUGAAUGGAAAAAAUACUCAAAACUGGAAGCUAUUGAGAGUUUGUAUAAUUACGUUUAAUUGAACAAGCAAAAAUUAGGUUCUUUUGGUUUUUCAUUCAUAAAAAAGUUUAAAAUGAGUAAAUGUUUGUCACUUAAGUGAGUCUGAAAUCAUCUAAACCUCAGUUCACAGAAUACAUCAGAGAGAGGAGUUAAUGAUUUAAAGUUUAUUGUUUUAAAAGUGUAUACCUUAUAGUCCCCGAAUAAACGCUCCGUUCCAGAUGUACAGCUCUGAACUCAUAAUUUCCCCACUUCCUUUUUUAAAAUAAUGAGUGAAAUGUUGCUCAGUCAACUCAGACUUCAGUGAGAAAUGCCAUUUGAUGUCAUCUCAAAGUCAACUAAUUAGCAUACUUUUUACGUUUAU